AUGGAUCAGCUGCAAGCUCAAAAGUACGAGGAGAUCAUCGACAUGCUGCUCGCUGCCGGUUACUUCAGGGCUCGUAUUUCGGCCCUCUCCCAAUUCGAUAAGAUCAUCGGCGGCCUCACGUGGUGUAUCACCGCGAGUAACAUCGACGUCGAUAUCGACCUCUUCUUUGAGGAGGAGGCGCAGAUCAAGCAAAAGAUUGAGUUGGGAGAACGCAUCGAAGAGGCCCUCAUCAGGAUGAAGUGCCCCUUCCCGCUGCAGUCGUACGAGAUCCGCGGUCUCAACACGCCCAACAUCUACCCCGUCAUCCAGUGGCUGGUGAAGAAGGUCAUCGAGACCCGCGCCGAGACGGGCGACCUCCUUCGUCUCUUCUCCGAGUCCCGCUUCCGCAGCGCCGGCUACGACCUCGGUGCGCGCGACCCCGUCAAGGCCCCCUCGCCCGCCGCCCUCACCUUCGUCUCCGAGGCGCGUCUCUCCGCAUGUGUCGUGGCCGAGCGCUACAAGCCGCAGCGCCGGUACAGGCGCGGCGCGGCCAAGGCCUUCCAGGAUGAGGAGUCCCGCGUGCAGGCCACCCUCCUCGAGUACGGCUACAAGGGCACCACGUCCUUCAUCCCGCCGGAGGGCGAAGGCGAGGGCGAGGGCAAGCGGCGCAAGAAGUUCGACGACGAGCAGGACCGCCUGAAGGAGCAGGAGGAGGCCACCCGCGCUGAGCGCGAGCGGAUGGAGGCCGUCAUGCGCACCCUGGCCUCGAUCGAGGGCGCCGGCAACGUGUCCACCAACAAGCUCGGCUCCCUCGUCGGCACCGACGCCGACUUCAUUCGCGAGAUUGCCAGCGAGUACGCGAAGAAGAGUUCGGACAUGGACCUGAACGAGGCGCAGCUGCAGCAGUACUUUGGUGCGGAGCUGCACAAGCGGCAGGUGGAGAGCCGGCAGAAGCAGAUCGAGCGGGAGAAGGAGAAGAUCGGCGAACUCCGCGAGCAGUACCAGGAGCUCGACGCCAAGAUGAAGCAGCUCCAGGAGGACCACGCCCGCAGGAGCGCGCUCAACAAGCGCAUCCAGCAGGAGAUCGACAAGAUGCAGGCCCUCGAGACCGAAGAG